UGUUUUCAUAUCGUCCGAUAUAAAAUUAGGAUAAGAGGCAGUGUUGCCAACAUUGUUCAUGAUUAAAAUGGAAUAGCGCAAAGAUGCUUGUCAAGCCAACUGUGUUUACCGUACUAGGUUUGUUGCAGUGUUACGCAGUGUCGGCCACUGAUAUCCGCCUUGUGGGCGACAAGACGCCGUACUCCGGUCGCUUAGAGGUAAAGUACAAUGGAAAAUGGGGAACAGUCUGUGAUGAUGAUUUCACAGUCAAUAGCGCCAAGGUCGUAUGCAGGAUGCUCGGAUUCACGGACACAGAAACAGCAAAAUAUAUUCAACCAUCCGUGUAUGGGCCUGGAAAUGGGAACAUACUUCUGGACAGUUUAAGUUGUCUUGGUAAUGAAACUGACAUUGCGGACUGUUCACACGAGGCCUGGGAAGCUACUGACUGCUCGAACUCAGAAGAUAUUGGCGUCGAUUGCCGGACGCACAUGCGCAUUGAGCACGGAUCCACGCCGCAUGACGGGCAAGUUGAAGUGAACAUUACCGGCAUUUGGCAACCCCUGUGCGCUGAUAAUUUUACACAAUCAGAAGCAAAGGUUAUUUGCCGAAUGUUGGGAUACAGUGCAAAUGGAUCCUAUGUGAUGUCUGCAAGGUCGACAGCUGAUUUGUCGUCAAUUAGUUCAACAGCGUAUAAUUGCACCGGAAACGAAAUCGAUAUUUCCAUGUGUCGCAAACGACUAGCCACGUGCUCUGCUUCAACUGUUGCAGCAGUAAAUUGUACAACCCCAAUUCGAAUUGUGAAUGGUACCAGCCAGCAAUCCGGUCGCGUGGAAGUUUUUCACAAUGACGCAUGGGGAACAGUGUGUGAUGACAACUUCGACGACAUGGAAGCCAAAGUGAUUUGCCGCAUGCUCGGAUUCGGUACUAGUAAUGCUAAAUCCUUGACGGGGGCUUACUACGGCGAAGGACAAGGAAAAAUAGUUGUCGAUGACAUGUAUUGUCAAGGUGAGGAAGUCGACAUAUCCGAUUGUAAAUCGCGACCCUGGGGUACAAGCAAUACCUGUCAUCACAGCGAGGAUGCAGCUGUCGAAUGCAACACGGAACUCCGAUUAAUAGAUGGCCCAACCGAAUAUUCUGGUCGCCUUGAGUUACGUCAAAAAUCGGAGUGGAAAACGGUUUGUUCUAACCACUUUGAUAACAAGACGGCGCAGAUCGUAUGCAACAUGCUUGGAUUUGAAAGAAGUAACAUCUCUAUAUACACGGAUGGACGUUUUCACGGAAAUGGUGCGCCAAUGAUUAACCAUGGAUAUGCUUGCUCUGGAAACGAAACGGACAUCGCCAAUUGCAAGCACACCAAUGUCAGCUUACCUUGCACUGCAGUCGGCAUCAAUUGCUAUUCCAACACCCCCUUGAGAAUUCUGAAUGGCACGACAAUGUUUAAUGGCAGAGUGGAAAUAUAUGAGACACUUACGUCAUCCAAUGGUCAAUGGAAGGGGUUGUGCUUUGCUACCCUUAAGAUUGGAGACGCGGUUGUACUGUGCAAGAUGCUGGGAUUCCCAACAACGACACCGACUAUUCACGAUGCUGUUGACCAAUACAAACUCGGUGGCGUGUUUUCCCUACUAAGCGGUCUGGGAUGUAACGGCACAGAAACGGACAUAUCAGGAUGUGCGCCACAACACAAAUGGAAUCAAGACGUCUGUCCAAACAGUAGACACGCUGCAAUCAAUUGUGCUCCAAAUUCCACACUACGUCUGUAUAAUGGGACAUCCAUUAAAUCUGGGCGUGUAGAAGUCUUGUAUAACGGAUCAUGGAUAAGAGUCUGUCGGCACAGUGAGAUGGACAGAAGAGAGAUUGAUCUUAUUUGCAGGCAAUUGGGGUUCAACCAAAGCGGGUACCAAAUCGUGCCUAGUACGUAUGGCUCACAAAAAGGAAUAGGUUCGUUAGAAUGCAGAGGAACAGAAAGUGACAUUUCCGACUGCAGAUCUGAAAAUUGGAAUGUAAUGUCAUAUUGCACGCCGGAAACAAUCGCCUGCAACAGCAGCGUGCGCCUCGUGAACGGAAGCAGUGCACGCUCUGGAAGAGUCGAAGUCCUUCAUCGGGGAAAAUGGGGAACUAUUUGCGCAGACGGUUUUAACAUUCCGGAAGCAGAUGUUGUAUGCAGAAAGGCCGGGAUAAGACUUUGGAACGCUUCUGUUUUUCUGAAUUCUCCUUUCGGACGCGGGGCAUAUGAUCACAUUGUUGCUACAGUUUCUUGCAAAGGCGAUGAAUCCGAUCUUUCCGAAUGUACUUCAUCACCGUGGAAUGCAACGCACUGUGGUACAGGAAACGUUGCGACGGUCGACUGUCGAGUCCGAGAUACACCUUUGAGGUUAUUUGGAGGUACCACACAAUAUUCCGGUAGAGUGGAUAUAUUCUACGAAGGCACUUGGAGGUCAUAUUGUCGCGAUUAUUCAUCGCAAGCUAACCUUGAACUGCUAUGUCAACUACUCGGAUAUAACUUCUCAAGCGACGCCAGAUACCUGAGCAAUUCGUAUACUGGAACGAGCCUGUUUCAUGAUUUAUCAUGUCGAGGAAAUGAGAGCGACAUAUCACUGUGUCCUUCGUCGGAUUGGGGAAGUUAUUACUGUUCAUCAUCAUAUAUUGCUGAAAUUGAUUGUUUAUCUCCAAUACAACUUAUUGGCGGUUUGACCGAUUACAUGGGUUUUGUUCAAAUAACAAGGAAAAGCGUUACUAGCAGCGUGUGUACCGACAACUUUACUGCAGAAAUGCAAAUGGUAUUUUGCAAUAUGCUGGGGUACAAUUUUUCCAGAAGUCACGUCCUGGUAGAUCAAGAACACUUUCGUCCAGCUUUUAUCUCUUAUAACUUGGUGAACGAUAUUCAAUGUUCUGGCGAUGAAAAGGACUUUCAGCAGUGUAGAGCUUCCAAUUGGAAUCAAACACAAUGCAAAAGCGGAAAUCUAGCUUUCGUUCGAUGCAACACUCCUGUAAGACUUAAUAAUAAAAAGAAUAUUUAUACUGGAACCGUUGAAAUAUACAAUAAUUCGUCUUGGAUAAAUGUUUGUUUCGAUAACGGCACAGCGGAACAAAACAUAAACAAUGCACGUGUAGUGUGUCUAAUGUUAGGAUUCAGUAACAGUUUAACGAAUGUCACCAUUGUCACUUCACACACCCAGCAUUCUUUAUCAUUGACUUGCUCUGGGUCAGAAGUGGACAUAGCUAGGUGCAGGAAUGUGUCCAUUACACCUUGUUCGCACAUCCUCGCAGUGACCUGCCCCACGGAUAUAUCUCUUGUUAAUGGAAGAACAAAAUACAUGGGCUCGCUGACGGUGAGAACUGGCAUCAGUUCAACUCAAAUUCAAGGGUUUGCAGACAAUACCACAAUUUUGACGGUGUGUAGAUUACUGGGUUACAACUAUACACGAGUUAUUAAUCAAGAACCAGUUAACGACUUUCUUCGAAACAAAUUUGACUAUGCAUACAAAGUCGUUAGUCAAUUGAGAUGUCAUGGAAACGAAAGUGACAUUGCUGAGUGUACUGAGAGCAUAGUGGCUUCAAAAGUUUAUCAAAUGGAAUUAGGAAUAAACUGCCAAACAGCAAUCCAGUUGACAGAUGGCGAACCGUAUAUCCAUGGUGUAUUAAAAGUGAAGUUACAGCAAACCUGGUACCCCACAUGUUCCGAGGGCUUUACACAGGAUGAUGCAUACGUGGUCUGUCGUAUGUUGGGGCAUAAACAUGUCCGAAAUGCCACAUAUUUGCCCGUUGUCGGGAACGCGACUUCUUUCAACGGCCACUUGCAAUGUCGAGGCGACGAAGUUGACAUUUCACAGUGUAGAGGAUACACCGAGGUCCCAUACAAUUGUGCAGGCGCUCAAGGUGUAAACAUUGACUGCGUGGUGCAGGUUAAGCUUCGCGAUGGACCUUCUGAGAGCAAAGGAUGGGUUGAGGUUUUCUACAACGGUAUAAAGGCGUCAAUUUGUCCAACAGGGAAUGUGUACAAUGUGGAAACAGUCAUUUGUCGAUCGGCCGGAUUUAGAUAUACAUAUGGAAACCGAGUGAGCUUACAGUACAGCAAUAAGACAUCUACAAAUUUCACUAUAGUAAAUUUGCGUUGUACCGGCUUCGAAAAGUCUAUAACUGAGUGCGAGUCUGAUCCGUGGAUGAGUACAACUUGUAACGCAGCAUAUCCUUUACAGAUUGAAUGCAAUUCACAUAUCACGCUAGAACCAGGAGUGAACAAGUACUUUGGGUGGAUAGGUGUUAAUUUCCUUGAUCCAGACCUCUAUAGUACACAGUAUGCUACCGUUUGUGCAGAAGGGUUUAGUCAAGAAAAUGCACGUGUGUUGUGUAACGAAAUUGGUGCUCCGAAUGUGAGCGAAAAAGCCAUUAUAAAGAAUAACAAAUAUGGUUCACACUAUAACUUCGUCAUUGAACAUUUAAAUUGCACUGGGAAUGAACGGGAUGUCCAAGAAUGCAGGUCUGAGCUCUGGACUGAAACUCACCAUUUGUGUAAUGCCAGGGACACAACGGUGGCGAUAAAUUGCCAAUCCAAGACAAACGUAAGUUUGAAAGGUCCUGAUUUUGCGAGCGGUCAAGUAGAUAUAUAUUUUGACGGACAGCGGUAUGCCAUGUGUGGCGGCGCUUUUGGAGUACGAGAAGCAGCUGUAGUUUGCCAGAGUCUUGGAUUCAAAGUGGGGAUUCCAAGCGUUGUUUUAAGCACGCAGAGUGCCUUGAUCUAUAAAAUGAACUGCGCUGGCUACGAAACAGAUAUUGCUCAAUGCGAGUUUACAGCUCGUCCUUGGGGGUACAACCCAUAUCCCUGGUAUCCUGGAGAAUGUUCACAGUAUUCACACUACACAGAUUACAACAUGCGUGCUGGAGUUAAAUGCAGCGACCAGAGAGUGAGGUUGGUCAGUGACGUAAAUGACUAUCAGGGUCGUGUGGAGUUUCAGUACCUAGGCGUUUGGGGAACCGUAUGCUUUGAUAGGUUCACCCAAAAUGACGCCAAGGUUAUUUGCAGCUUGGGUGGAUAUCAAGGUCCAAGAUCAAGCAACAUAACCAUCCAUAAUUCUGCGAAAUACGACAGCGGUACUGGUUCGCUCAUUAUAGACGAGUUGAAGUGCAAAGGGAACGAAUCGGAUCUGGAUGAAUGUGCAUCGUACCCAUGGACGAAAAAUGCGACAAAUUGUCAAUCGUUUGAACGAGAUGUUGGAGUUAACUGUCGUCCUGAAACCCCACUCAGACUUGUUGGUGGCAACAAGUACUCUGGUAUUAUUGAAAUCGAAUACAACAAUACAUGGGGGACGAUUUGUGACAAGGAAUUUGAUGACAACGAUGCCAAGGUCAUAUGCAGAAUGAAAGGCUUCAACACUGAGAGUCUCAUUGUCCUUAGAAACGGGUUCUAUGGGCAUGGAAACGGAAGCGUUUUCAUUUCAAAUCUAAAAUGCAGCGGGACUGAACCAGAUAUUUCUGAAUGCGCGGUUGGUUAUCGAACUUCGGGCGAAAAGGCUAGAUGGGGAAAACCUAGCGAAUUGUGCUCACACGUGAACGACGUCGCGAUUCAAUGCAAUACGCCUGUACGAUUGCGUGACGGAUGGACAUUCUAUUCUGGGGUCGUUGAAGUCUUCAUUCGAGGUGUGUGGCAAAGGGUCUGCAAAGAUAAUUUUACGAUUCAAGACUCCAGGGCGUUAUGCAAACAAGCCGGAAAAAUUGAUAACUACAAUGGAAGCAUCACCAUACACAAUGAACAAUUCUUUAACAUUGAGUUCAACGAAACACACGUAGGCGGGUUCGGUUGCCUUGGACCGGAGGAUGACCUGUAUGAGUGCGGGUCGGGACAGUGGGUUCGGAACACCCAGUCGUGUCCGAGUAGACAAAAUGUGGCCCUUAAUUGCCGUGCCAACACACAGCUCCGACUGAUGAAUGGAUUAAAGGAAGCAAAUUACAGUAAACUGCCAGUCAACGGCCGCGUGGAAGUUCAAUACAACAGAUUUGAUAACGCGUUGCACAAAUAUCGUGAUGACCAAUGGGGGACCAUUUGUGAUGACCAAUUUGGAGACGACGAUGCUUUGGUGUUGUGUUCAAUGAAGGGGUUCGAUUUUGGUAAAGUGUUCAAACCCCAAAUGGAAUACGAUCUGGUGGGUAAUGAAACUAUCACUAUCGAUGACUUGGAAUGUCUCGGUGUAGAAACAGAUGUAUCCGAAUGUAAGGCUAGAGAAUGGGGCACUCACAAUUGUCUCCACGACGAGGAUGUAUCGAUUAUGUGCAAUAAUCAAACGAAUAUUAAUCCAUGUGACAAAGACAAUUACAAAAGACUUCCCAACUUGGAAUUGCGCGUAGUUAAUUACAAUACUACCGCCAAACCGAUCAACGAUAACAAACUCUCUCUGAAUUGGUACUAUGUUGGGAACAACACGUUACCAGAUAAAGAGCCACCGCUAAACAGAUGUGCAACAGUCUAUCCAAUAUUUAGCACGGAUCCUAGUCCACAAGUUCGUGAUGGUAUAAAAACUAUUAAAGCUGUGCUAGCAGCGAAUAACACUAUAACCUACGAUCUAAAAGCAAAGAAUUGUGGCGGGUUCUUCGUGUACCGACUCGGACCAACUGUUACAAAAGACAGUGGUUACUGUUUCGGUAUCGGAUCAACAGUUCCCCCACCUUCGUUUGUUGCCAGUUCAAUUCAAACAGUUAUGAAUCAUAACGAUACCUCAAUAUGGUUCAUUUGCAAAUUCAAUCACGACCAGAACGAAAACCUUGUCUAUCAAGUGGAAUGGCAUGUUGAUGGCAAUUCUGAACAAAUCGUCACAAAGCAAUUUUGCAAUGCAACAGACAUUACGCCGUGUCAUUUGCAGCAUACGGACAUGGAAAACAUAAACGUUGGAAUGGGAUCAAAUGUCUCUUGUGCAGUCCGCGCUUUCAAUUCGCCAGGUGGCCAACCGGGUCAGAUGUCUAUUUUGUCGGCGCCCUUCUUUGUUGGAAUCCAAAUCCUCACGCCCAAAGUUACAGUUCAUCGUGGAGAAGUCAAAUCAGUUGAAAUGCACAUGACAGUACCAAUAAUUUGUAGUGCAAUGUUAACGUCACAGGGACCACAAUGCAGCCUUCAUUUAGACUAUUUUACACCGAAUGAUGGAACAUGUUCAGAUGCAGUUGGCAAUUUUCCUACUGGAUGUUCCAAGGAGCUCAACCUUGGGCAUUUCGGAUCUACAUUUUCUGUCGAUGUCAGCGCGGCCGAGUCAUCUGUGUAUGGCGUUGCAGGAAAAUUCAGCCUUAAUAUGCAAAUACCAAAAACGCGUGGCGUUGCGUUGCUUCAUGUACCAUACAAAUUGCCUGUAAUAGAGGUUGAAGUCCUCCCAGAAGAAAACAAGCAAUGGAGAGGGAAAAUAUGUUCAGCAAGAAAUGACCCCCACAUGUACACAUUUGAUGGCCGUGAAUAUGAACACCAUGAAGCGGAGGGAGAUUACAUCCUUUAUAGGCAUGACAUUUACAAAAACGUCGAGAUCCAGCAUAGAAUAGCCAACUGUACUGAUGGUAAUAGUAAAGCGAAAUGCACCUGUGGCGUUGCCGUAAAGGCCGGACGUGACGUCUACGUCAUCAACGUUUGUAACGGAUACAUCGACAUUGGCUAUAGGCAGUGCUGGGAUAAGGCGUUAACAGUGAAAAAGGAAAAUGACUAUACAUAUACGAUAUAUCUACCGUACGGUACAGCAGUAAGGGCACGGAUUGACAGGGCGCCUUUCAUGGGACGCGAGGGAGGGCGGGUCCUCGAUAUCUCAGUCAACCCAUCCAUUAAAGACGGCAGUGGCAACAGUACAGGUCUUUGCGGAAGUUUAAAUGGGGACCCUCGUGAUGACUUUGACAACGAGACCACAUUUAUACAGAAAUGGAAAGUUACCGAAAACGAUUCGUUGUUCUCUCACGGAAUGUACCGAAGGGAACUUGACCCAUGGGUGUUUCAAUCGUGCACAUGCAAGAAGACCAGAAACGGAAACAGCGCUUUUACAUGUGAGUCGAACGUGGGCGGAUGUGCACAAGGUACAGUCACCGGGUUCCAUGGUUGUGGUGAACUGCUCAACAGUCGUUCUCUUAGGUCGCUGCGCUGGAAGAGACCAAUGACCAUGGUUAAAAUACCUGUGCUACAUCAAAGGACAUACGUGCGAACAAAGCGGGAUACCAAUAUUGGUUUUGACAAAGAAGCGGCAUUAAAGCAUUGCAAUGCAGAGUUGACUUCAACACAGAAUCUUUGUUCGAAGAUACCAUUUGCACACACGAACUUUUCUAUAAAUAGCUGUGUUUGGGACAUUCUUCUCUCCAACGGUACUCUAUGGACAACACUCUCAAAUCAGUCCAUGCAAGAUACGUGUAAGAAUGAGGUGGCAAGAAAUAGCUCAGUUAUUGAAGCCAGUAUUGCAGAACUGAUGGCAAAUGGAUCUGAAGAGUCAUCUGAAGAAUUACGGAUGCUGCGUGUUUUGCAAAAUAACAUGGAAGAAGUAGAUAACUUGUGCAUGCAUAGUUGUAGCGGUAAAGGAGAAUGCAUUAAUGGUACCUGCCAUUGUUUUAACGGGUAUGGGUCUGUCGAUUGUUCCUUGGAUCUGACCAAGGCACCUAUAAUCACUGGCAUACUCAACGAAGGUCUCUGCGAUAUGAAUCACACUGACUGUUCGCGCAUUUUCGUCUUCGGUGGAGAAUUUACUGAUACGAAUUUGACGUGCAGACUGAAAUCAGUUCACGUUGAUGCCAGUGGUCAUGAACACACCCACACAACUGUGAUGGUUAAAGGUCAUGCAGAAACCCUGAUAGAGACUGUGUGUCCUCUGGAAGGUGUACGGACUAGAAGAGAAGCGGGCGGUCAAGCAAAUCCGUUUGUUAACAGAUUACAUGUGUCCGUGAGCAACGAUGGAAUAAAUUUCACCGAUUCUCAACAACAUAUCGCUUAUAUCUACAACUCAUAUUGUCAAACAUACAGCAAAAAUGGCACAGAAUACUUCUUCCGCUUGAAGAGUGACCACUGCUUCAUAGAUGGAAAAUGUUACCAUAAUGGAUCCUUACAUGUUUCACAAAACCUGACAUGUGACCCGUCAGCUUCGCAGUUAAAGUGGUCGGCAUAUGCUUCGCAGUUAGAGUGGUCGCCAUAUUUAUCGUCACCAAGUGUUUUACCAGUUUCUACAGCAGAAGCAACAUGCGAGGGUUCAAAUGUGUGUAACACCGAGCCAAACGGUGUCUGCGAGGUGAUAGAAGGCGUUGUAGAGUGCUCAUGUAGAGUUGGGUACGCCGCAAAGGAGCGAGGGUGUGAACGUGACGGUUCUGUAGCAAUAACUGACGAAGAAACAGAAAAACUUUCUGCCGACAAAGCCAAGUACAGAGUCGAAAUGGUUUUGCCGUUUGCCAUACCAAAAGGACGUACCUUGUUGUCAUCAAGAACGUACAAGCAGUACACAGAUAUUCUUCACAAAGCAUUGGAAGACUAUUACAGAGAUCAUCUUGGAAAAGGACUAUGGAAGGUUGUUAUAUUGUCAGUUAGGCAAGGAAGCCUUGUCGUGGACCAUUUGGUCAUAUACUACACUGAGGACUUCGUUAAAGGGGCGCUGCUGGAGGCAGUGGCAUUGUUUGAUCGUGCGGAAAUGUCGAUUCUUGGCAACGUGGUGAAACCUUCCGCAGUGAACGUAGGGAAGGAAAAGGUAUCCAUCGAUGGCAUACACGAGUCCCGGCUUUGCCAAGCAAUGUUGGUAAUUGAAAAAUGCGCAACAGAUGAACUCUGUGUGGUGCAAGAAGGGCUUCCAAAGUGCAGAAAAACGACUACAACACCUCUGGAAACGCAAAAUGCUUCCACUACCUGGACCAUCAUAACAGCGUUGUCGACUACUGGAGGUGUCCUAGUUGUCAUCGUCAUCGUCUUGAUAGUUAUCGUCUGCAAGAAGAACGCCAACGCCGUCAAGCCAUUUCGCCAAAACAAAGCCGGAGCAGGUCGCGUUGACAGUCGUGAAACGCCGUGCACUGAUCUGGACUCCGAGGAAGAGGACGGUGAGGCCAGAGCAAAGUCCAAAGUGGAGGUUGUCAGUCGCUCGAUGGAAAAAUUUCAAGUGGACGAAAACGGAUCACAUGACGGCCAUGGCCCGGCCAAGACAGCAUGGGCAAAGUUGACGUAGAUUGCUUCACAGUGAAUUUUAAUUUAAAAACAAUCUUUUUGAUUAUCAAAUAUUCGCAGUGUUUUCGGUGUUACGCAGUUUCCAGCUUUAUCAUGUUUUACUGAUCUUUUCUUUAAGAUCAUAUUUGUCUUUUCGUUUUCUAUUCUGAAAAUUAGAACGUUUGUGUUGCUAUUUUGUAAAUGUUUCGCUUUUUUCCACAUUAUUAUAGUCAAUGCUGCAUGAUGAGAACCUUUAUAUAUGAUUCCAUGUGUAUAGUGUUACUGAAUAUUUGAUACUUAAAUGUAUUGGUGGUGGUAUAUAUUUGUAUGUUUUGUGCUCUUUAAAACAAAUAAUACGUUCAUUGUGAUUUUGUAUAGGUUUCCUUGUGUAAACAUUUGUUACGUAUUAUGUAAUCAAACUAUUCGUACAAUGUCAUUUUUUCAUAUCCGUCCGUAUAUACAUGUGUUAUUAAUCAAGAUGAUAAAUAUAUUGCUUCGACAAUAUCAAA